AUGCCUGGUCCGCCUCUACCAUGCUCGGUGGCCGAUGAGGACGUGUUUGGCCCAUUCGUCAACGCGUCGUGCCACAAUGGCUUUGACUUUACUCUGCUUUUUGAAGAGACAAUUUUGACUCUCCUGCCACUAUUGCUUCUCCUUCUCUCGGGAGCAGUUCGUGUCUGGAACCUUCGUCAUGCCACAGAGAAAGUCAAUCGAUCAUGGCUGUACGCGGCUAAGGAGGUCGCAUUGGCUAUACAAAUAGCACUCCAAUUAGUCCUUGUGAUUCUUUGGAGCAUACCUUCUAUUCCCAGUACGAGGAUGACAGUUCCAACCGCCGUUGCAAGCUUAGCCGCUUCCGUAUUCAUCCUUUACCUGUCCCACCUGGAGCAUGUUCGGUCCUUGCGCCCAUCAACAGUCAUUUGCCUCUUUGUAGGAACAACUCUACUCUUCGAUUUGGCUCGUCUUCGAACGAUCUACUUCAUGUCUGAUAACCUCCCAGUGACAGCUUUAUUUGCCGUAAGCUGCAUUGGCAAGACGAUCAUUCUUGUGCUCGAGUCUACAGAAAAGCGAUCAUUGCUAAAGAAACCAUUCGAGGGCAGCUCACUUGAGUCAACAGCUAGCACUUUCAAUCGUGGUCUCUUUUGGUGGCUGAAUGGUCUGCUUUUGAAGGGUUCAAAAACUACUCUUACGGUGGACAGUCUUCCGGAACUCGACGAAGCCAUCAAGACAGCUUCAAACUCGGAGGCUCUGGUCGAGACCUGGAAUAAAGCUGACAAGUACCGACCCAACGCAUUGCUUUGGACCUUGGCUUGGCAUUACAGAUGGGAGAUCAUGGAGGGUGUUUUGCCCCGCUUGGCAUUCACUGGUUUCAGUUUUGCUCAGCCAUUCUUGGUUGAGCGAGUGCUGCAUUUCAUGACGGAGCCCGAGCAUGCUAACUCGGAUAACUACGCCCGUGGCCUUGUUGCAGCAUACGCGAUAGUCUAUAUCGGUCUUGCGAUAUCCUUUACCGUGUACCAACACAAGACCUGUCGUCUCGUUACCAUGGUCAGGGGGAGCUUGGUUACUCUCAUCUUCAACAAGACCCUGCGCAUGAGCACCUCUGCCGUGACCGAUGCGAGUGCAGUCACUUUGAUGAGUACAGAUAUCGAGCGUAUUGGCAGCGGCAUCAGACAAAUUCACGAGACUUACUCCAACUUUUUGGAAGUUGCUAUCUCACUGUGGCUGCUGGCCAGGCUACUUAAGCUUGCAACUAUCGCCUCUACAUUGGUUGUCGUCAUCUGUCUCAUUAUCGGAAUCCCACUGGCGGUUGUAUCUGGUAAUGCGCAGGGCGUAUGGCUUGAAGCUGUGGAGGAGCGUGUUGCAGUCACCUCCAAAGUUCUUGGAGUCAUGAAAAGUAUCAAAAUGACGGGCCUGACGCAGGUCAUUUCAAACAACAUUCGGCAGCUACGGUCGCAGGAGAUUAGAGCCUCAUUCUUCUUCCGGUUAUACACUGUUCUCAUCACGACUUUCUCUUAUGCAUCUUCGGCACUUGCCCCUGUUUUUGGCUUUGGUGUUUAUAUCAUCAUAGCUCAAGCCCAAGAUUCAGGAACUUUGACAAAUAGCAUGGCAUUCUCGGCACUGACACUCUUCUUCCUCCUUGAUCAGCCAAUGAUUGGCUUUGUCGAUGGAGCAGAAGAUCUCAUGGCAGUCGUUAAUUGCUUCCAAAGAAUUCAGAAGCACUUACUCGACACUGAACGGACAGACUGUCGCUUGAGUCACAGCACCGAAAGUCCCAGAUUGAUUGAUAUCGAACCCAGUGAAUGGCAAGAUGAUCACGGAUUAUCUUGUGUGGUUGCGCGAGAUUUGACUGCGUCAUGGUCCGUCGAUGACGAGCCAGUACUUCAGAAGCUAAACUUUGAAAUCACAACUGGACUCAUCACUAUGAUCGUGGGCCCGGUUGGCUGUGGUAAGUCAACCUUGCUGAGAGUGUUGCUUGGAGAGAUCCCAGAAGUCUCGGGAACAAUUUCCACCGCUUUCGAGAAUGCCGCCUAUUGCAGCCAGUCGCCGUGGAUUACAUUUGGGACAAUCCGACAAAAUAUUGUGGGUGCAUCUCAAUGGGAUCAAAAAUGGUAUGAUACCGUCAUUCAGUCGUGCUCUCUUCAAACGGACCUUCAGCAACUUCCAGCUGGGGAUCAGACCAAGGUCGGUGUUCGUGGGUCUCGGUUGAGUGGUGGUCAGCAAAUGCGAGUGGCAUUAGCGCGAGCUCUCUACUCCAGAGAGCCGGUCCUUGUCCUUGAUGACGUACUGACGGGCCUUGAUCGAGAAACUGAGAGGGCAAUCUUAGAGGUGGUUUUCUCGUCAGAUGGCCUCAUCAAAAAGUCUGGACAAACUGUCAUUUUGGCGACAAACUCAGCUCACCACCUUUCCUAUUCCGACUUUGUCAUCUCUUUGAAUGAGGAUGGGCAUCUUAUCGAGCAAGGCUCGUACGACGCUCUUCUAGCCGGACAAAGUUACGUCAGUAUGCUUGCUAGCAAAGCUAGCACUGUUGUGACUACCCGAGCGCCCGACGUCGUCCUCGAUGAUGAGACCCUACAGGGCCUCAAUCUCGACAAGGAAGACGACAUUGACAGUACCAGCCGCAGAACGAGCGACUUGGCGGUCUAUCUGUAUUACUUCCGAAACAUCGGAUGGCACCUUUUGGCGUUAUUUUUCGCCAGUGCCUGUCUGUUCGUUUUUGGACUGAUCUCCCCACAAAUCUGGCUGCAAUGGUGGACUGUUGCCAAUCAGAAAAGGCCGAACGAGAACAUCACGUACUGGCUGGGUAUUUAUGGUGCUCUAGGCUUCCUGACACUCUUUUCUGCGUUCAUUGCAAACUGGGUCUUUGGAAUGAUCAUUGUGCCUAAAACCGCCCGUCGUUUCCAUGAGAUCCUUCUGGGAACAACUAUGAGUGCAACCACUUCAUUCGUCACAUCAACUGAUAUCGGAGCCACCACGAACAGAUUCAGCCAAGACUUGGAAUUGAUUGACGAAGAACUGCCUGAGGCAUUCGAGCUGACGACGUAUGCAGUUCUCUGUUUCUUCGUGGAAGGAUUUCUAGUCUUUGUCGGCUCGUCAUACGUUACCUCGGUUGUGAUUCCAUUCGUUAUCCUCGCGGUCUACUUCGUUGGGACAUACUAUGUCCGCACGUCUCGACAGGUUCGUCUGCUAGAUAUCGAAGCCAAAGCACCUCUUUUCUCCCAAUUUUUGGAGGCGAUGAGCGGUCUACCGAGUAUUCGGGCGUACGGAUGGUCCGAGCAUUAUCAACGGCAAGAGUUGAUUGCUUUAGAGGCUUCUCAGAAACCGUUUUAUACGCUGUACUGCAUUCAGCGCUGGCUGAGUGUUGUACUUGAUCUGGUGAUCGCAGGUAUUGCUGUUGUUGUGGUUGCAAUUGCACUUUCCAUGAGAGGAAGCCCUUCAAUUAAUCUGCUUGGCAUUGCCCUGUUCAAUAUUGUUGGCUUCAGUGGCACUCUGCAAGUCUUGGUUACCCAGUGGAUCGAUCUUGAGACUUCCAUCGGGGCCGUUUCUCGAAUCCGGUCAUAUGUGCAACAUGCUAAAACCGAGGAUCUUGAUACUGAGAUUGAGGUCGUGCCAACCUUUUGGCCAGAGAAGGGCAACGUUCAAGUCUCCGGCGUAUCAGCUUCAUAUGACUCAUCUUCCGACCCGGUUCUUCGAGAUGUGGAUCUUACCAUCCUCGCUGGUGAAAAGGUUGCUCUUUGUGGCCGAACCGGGAGUGGUAAAUCGUCGCUUAUUUCAACAAUCUUGCGGCUUCUUGACUUGAACUACGGUUCCAUACAUAUUGACGGAGUAGACAUCUCUCGAGUGUCUCGCGCUCACGUACGUUCUCGCCUAAACACUAUCCCGCAACAAGCCUUCUUCCUCCACGGAACCAUCCGACAGAAUGCCAACCCCGAAGGAACUGCUCCGGAUGAAGCCAUCGUAGAAGCACUGCAGGCUGUAAACUUGUGGUCCUAUCUCGAAUCAAAAGGAGGCUUGGAUGAAGAUAUGUCCGAGGACAUUCUUUCUCAUGGCCAACAACAACUUUUCUGUCUGGCACGGGCACUGUGCAAGCCCAGCAGUAUUCUCAUCAUGGAUGAGGCUACGAGCAGUGUGGACUCGGAGACCGACGCCCUCAUGCAAAACGUUAUUCGCACUCAUUUCCAAACCCAAACCAUUAUCGCCAUUGCUCACAAGUUAGACACUAUUCUAGAUUACGACAAAAUUGCAUUCAUGGAUCAUGGCCGGAUUGUGGAGUUUGAUACACCAAAGGCGCUUUUGUCACGAGAGGGAUCAGCGUUCAAAGCCAUGUUUGAUACAUUUCGGCGUCUCCCGGAGUGA